UUCCACUCUUUCACUAUUCUCCAAUCUUCUUUGAGCGAGCGUGCGAGCGAGUGUGCGUGUGUGAUGGCUAUGUUGUCUUUGACUAAUCAGCCAUGCGGGGUCAGGUUCAGUCCGACGGACGAGGAACUCAUCCAACGGUACUUGAGGCCAAAGAUCAGUGGGAAUGAUGAAGAAGUUGGCUUCAUUCGCGAAGUUAAUUUCUUCAAACGGGAGCCCCGGGAGUUGCCUGAUUUCUCCGGCAUAGAGACAAUUACAAAGGAUCAAGAGUGGUUCUUCUUCUCGCAACAUGAUCUGAAGCACCGGAAUGGGAAUCGGUUGAACAGGAAGACCGAUGCUGGGUACUGGAAAGUAACUGGUACGGAUCUCGAAAUCUGGUCCGUUGGCGGAGAGAGCUUGAUCGGAAAGAAAAAGAUACCGGUUUUCUAUGAGGGGCUUUCUCCAAACAGCAAGAUAACUGAUUGGGUCUUGCAUGAGUACCACGCAACCCCGACGGAGCUUCAGGGCACUAACCCCGCUCAGGUUGAUCUGCAGCUGGAGGAAGCCUUGAACAUGUUCUAUGACCUGCCAAUGGAGUCACCGGAUGGCAAGAUUUUCUCCCCAUUACACUCACAGAUGCAGUCAGAGCUAGGAUCUUCUGGCGGGUAUUUCACUAUGCCCAAUGACUUGAACAAUGGUCAUAUUGGGGUGCAACUUCAGUAUGGCUUAAAUGAACCAGAUGCCAGUAUCUCUGAGUUCCUGGAUUCAAUUUUUUGUAAUCCAGAUGAGACCCUGAGGAACCUGGGGUCUGUUAAGGACAGUGGGUCAGAUGCAGAAGGGGUCAAUGCACUUUCUGAGCUUCAAGGUCCUCUGCGGUCUGAAGAGGUUGCAUUACAAAGUAAAUCUGACAAGCCGGAAGAUUUCGCAUCUGAUGGUGCUGCAGAACAAACCUAUAAUAGUAGUCUCUAUAAUAGUAGUCUCAAGGAAUCAAGCGAUCAUUUGACUACAGUUUCAAGUGGAGAGGGUAGUAGAACAGGAAUCAGGAUAAGGACUCGCCAAUCACAAAAUGAACCACUCAUGGAGGGUGUGUCGAAGGGUUCUGUGGCACAGGGCAUUGCUCCGAGAAGAUUGCGUUUGCAGUGCAAACUUCAAGUGCUGCCAGUUCAGUGCAGCCCAAUGUCAGCAGAUUGGAGCGGUGGUGCAGGAGGCCAUGAAUCAAAACCAAUUGCUACAGAGGCUGAUGUGCAGGAGGGCGGAGCUUCAGGAAAGCAUGUUCGUGCAGGUAGUCCUAGAGCUGCCGCUGCUAACAGUGCUUAUAGUGAACCACGAAGCAUCAUUUCUGAUUCCGAUGAAAACAGUGAAAUCUCUCAAGAUCCAAGUACCGGUAUGAGGCCAAGCUCGAUGUCUAAAGGUGACAUUUUGACAGGCAUUAACGGCCUUUCUGUGUUCUCAAAAGCUGCUCCUCUUCGUCGCAAGAUCGGGUCGUUCAGGGUAGUAGUGGUGGUUGUAGUCGUGAUCAUAAUCUUUGCUGGCGUAUGGAGAUCAUCACUUAAAUUUUGAGGCUACUUUGGAGACCAUUUUGUGUAUAUUGUUGGUCGGGUCCCAAUAAUUUUUUUUCCUUUUGGUGGUAGGGGUCACUAAUUAGGCUUUUUGGAGGGAUUUGUUAGGUUAGUCAAUAGUAUUGUAGUUCCUCUCAAAAAAAAAAAAAUAGUAGUGUAGUUAUGUAGUGA